AUGAGAAAUAUUAAGGAAGCACGGUUCCCAAAGCUGAUAAGAUCCGAUCCCAACCAAAGAGAUCUUAAUUUGUGGUGCGAAUACAAUGGGACAAAUGGUCACCGGACCGGGGACUGCUGGCAUCUGCGCAAAGAGGUGGUGAUACUGCUGAAAAAUGGCCAUCUCAAGGAAUUUUUAAGUGACCAGUCUAAAAACAAUUAUCGUCGCAAUCGUGAUAACACGGAGCCCUCAAAAGCAGGAGAAGACCCCCCCNUUGAAGACGACAUCACCUUCACGGAGGAGGACGCAGAUGGAUUAUUGCUACUGCAUAACGACGCAUUAGUAAUUUCUUUAAAUGUAUUAUAUUUUAAAAUCAAACGUGUUCUGGUGGAUCCAGGGAGCUCGGCCACGAAUGUCGAAUGGGUGAUGAAGACAGCCCUUUUCGAGGUGGUGGAUGGUGAUAUGGGUUACAAUGUUAUCCUGGGAAGACCAUGGUUGCACGAGAUGAAGGUUGUGCCAUCGACAUAUCACCACUUGCUGAAAUUCCCAACUCCCGAGGGGUCGGAGUCUUAUCAGGUGCCAAGAUAUUUCCAGUCUGGGACUAUUACCUCUGGCUAUCAGAGAAGCCGUGAUGGUGUCAGAAUCGACAUCAAGAGUUUGGACCCUAUUUACGGGUGGAGCUUCAAACGUACAAGGGUACAAGCUCGGCAUAGUAUUAACCACGCCUUCAGGAGAAACCCUAAGGCAGGCCAUAAGAAUGGUUCCUCUAACUAA